AAUGGCCGCCGCCGAGCCGCCGCCGACCACCGGCGGGAUGGGGUUCCUGGGCCUGCUCAGCUUCCGCCGCAGCCCCAUCGCCGUCGCCUCCUUCGACCCGGCGCAGGACGACGAGCUGCUCGUCCUCGACGCGCUCCAGGCCCACGUCGCCGACCGCCUCGCCGCCCUCUCCGCCGCCUCCUCAACCCCGGGGAGCCCGCUCCUCUCGCUCGCCUUCCUCUCCAAGCUCCUCGACGCCGUCGUCUCCUCCGACGCCGCCUUCCGCGACGCGCUCGCCGUGGGCCCCGUCGGCGCCGCGCUCGCCCGGGCCCCCGCCGACCGCCUCGCCGCCGACCUCCUCGACCGCGCCGUCAAGGCGCUCGACGUCCUCAACGCCGUCUCCCUCGCGCUCGCCUCCCUCCGCGGCUCCCACCGCGCCGCCCUCACCGCCGCCUCCUGCCUCCUCCUCGGGGACGCCGCCGCGCCCAUGCUCCACCGCGCGCAGUUCGCGCGCGCGCGCCGCGCCAUCGCCAGGCUCUUCCCCGACGCCGCCGCCCGGGGCGCGGCGCCCACGACGCCCUCCUGCUCGCGCGCGGCGCGGGCGCUCUCCUUCAGCGUGUCCUCCAAGAACUGGUCCUCGGGCCGCCACGCGCACGCCAUGGCGGCGCCGCCGCCGCCGCAGGGCCUCGCCCCCGCAGCCGGGUGCGGGCUCGGGCUGGCGCUCUACACCAUGAGCUCCGUCCUCGCCUUCGCCACCUGGGCGCUGGCCGCCGCCGUGCCGUGCACCCUCGCCACCGCGGCCGUCGCGCCCCCGAAGCAGGCGCAGUGGGCGGCGCCGAUGUUGGCGCUCCAGGAGCGGAUCGCGGAGGAGUCGAGGCGGCGGGAGAAGAAGGGGUCCUCGUCCGGGACCUCCUCCUCCUCCUCGUCGCCGUCCUCGGGCCUCCUCGCCGAGAUGCAGGCCGUGGAGCGCGCCGCGCGGGAGCUCAGCAGCCUCCUCGACGAGAUCGCCGAGGAGGACGCGGCGGCUGAUGCUGACGCUGACUCGGAGCCCUCCCCGUCCCCGGCGUCCGUCAGCGAGGACCGGGCGCGCGACGUCGUCGAGCGCGCCGAGGCCCUGGCCGGCGCGUGCCGGGCGCUGGAGGACGGCCUGGCCCCGCUGGAGCGGCAGGUGCGCGCCGUCUUCCACCGCGUCGUCGCCAGCCGCGCCGAGGUCGUGCGCUGCAUCGAGCACAGCGCGCGCAGCGGUGGCGCCGGGUCCGCCUCCGCCGGCGCGCCGCCGACGCAGCCCCAUUCCUUCUGAGCCGACGACGAUUAGGAGUUGCCUUGACGGAUUAAAACCCAAAAAAAAUCCGUUCUUUCUCCGCCGCACUGUACCAUUCUUUGAUUUUGUAUCACUGUCACUGCCUCUGUGAUCUUGUGUAGAUGCAAGCUGUAAAAACUAACUUCUUUUGUUCGAUUAGUGCUGUUCUUAAGGCUCAAGAGCAGAGAAGAGAAUGUAUUGUGUGCUGAAAACCCCCAAAAAAAGGAAAGGUUCAACGAUUGCAGAAUUUUUGCCU